UUCACCUAUGUUCUGCCACGUAGCAUUAUGUUCCUCCACGUGUCAGUUUGUAAUACGACUCCUAGCAACUUCCAGAACAAGCUACGUCGCACCAAAACCAGAGUACUAAAGAAGCAAUUAAGACUUUUAAUUAAGAGUAGUUAGCAGAAGAGUGCGAGAGAAUAGAAGAAGAAAUGGACAAAGGGUUUAGUUGCUACGACGGCGAGAAGGUGGUGGUUGAUGAUGAUGUCUACGGUGUGGGAUGCACGACGCCUACACGUGAAGAAUGCAGAAUACCAGCUUAUCCGCCGUGUCCACCUCCGCUGAGAAGGAAAAGAUCGAUACACUUUGGGAAGAAGACAGGACCACCUAAGAACGGUUACUUCCAGCCUCCGGAUCUUGAGCUGUUCUUCACGGCGGUGGCACCCUCCAGACGGCAAGAAAGCUGCGCUUAGACUGCUAACCACCAGCUUUGGUUCAUUAUCUAUAUAAGUAGUCCCGUUCCUAGAUGGGUUGAGGUUUUGUUUUAAACGGGGGGUUGGGUUUGAAUACGGCUAAUUAAUGUAUAUAUUUGUGAGCUUCAUGUGAAGCCUAGGCUUGUGUGAUGUAUAUUGAUAAGGAUUAGCUGAACAUGUUUGCGUAAUGAUCUUGAUUUGUGUUAAAUUUGUGUGAUUUUAGUGUCGUUGUAUGUCGGGGUGGGCUCUAUAUAUCUUCUUCUUUUUGUAUAUAAACGAUCUUUAUGUUACUAUUUGUUGUAGUCUGGCUGUAGUAUUGGA